AUGCAUAAGGUUGCAGCAGCAGUUGACAGACUUGAAGACAAAUACACAGAGACCAUCACUCAAUUUGUGGCCAACCAUUUCAAAAAGAAAGACUUCUCAGUCAAAGUGUCACUCUGGUCUCCAGGGCAGGUCCAAAUCAUAGGUGGGAAAUAUAAAGGUAACAUCACCUAUGUCUUUGAUCCUAACCAAACUAACAAGUUUAUCAGAUUCUUAAUCCCCCCCAUGGAUUUUCCAUACCUUAUGCCAAAAGGAUCAAUGUUAUUGUUCAACAGAUCUCACAUUCCAGCUAAUCAGUUCAUGACUGACAUCAACAUCAAGCCAGGAGACUCUAUCACUAUGAGGCAUUGUGAAAAGUUCCAACUUUCCCAAAGCCUGUUGAUUAAGAUACCAAUUAGAUUCACAAUAAAAGUCCAUAAUGCAACCAUUAAGAUGUUCUACUCUCACAUUGGCAAAGAGGUCUACAUCAUUGGGGGGAAGAAGAGAGGCUACAGAGUUAUGCAAAUGGUCCUUUGUACUACCAAGUGCCCAAAGCAUAAUACCCCACCUGAGAGACUACCCCCUUCUAGAGUCAACCCAGUAUCUGUAACACCCAAUCCUUGGGCUGUCAACAACAGUGACAUCCAGGACAUUGUCAACACCACUGCUUAA